AUGAGGCUUGCCCUGCAGGAUAAUCGCGCAGGAUUACCUGCAACAUUAAUUCAUCUUGGCAAUGGCAUGUCUCUCAAAGUGGAGUAUCACCUCGAUUUCCGUCUCCAAAAUAUUCACUUCAAGCUGUGCACCAAGGACAACCGCUUCAUUAUGUUCUUCUUCAUUCCCAUCGCAUACCUGCAAGACAUUGCCAUUCCGGAAGAGCUCGAUCCCGCUGUGCACGCCUCUUGCUACGAUCGUGUCCGGAAAUUUGUCCGCCGUCCGCAGCGGGCUGCUGUCCUGCAAGUAAGCGAAUGGCCGAAAGUUAUUCCCCUGAAUCGGAAGCAGCAGCAGCUGAGCGGCGACGCAGAGCCGUAUUUACUGGGAAGUGGGGGUCGAGUGAUACAUGCGGCAAUUUGCAUUUCGCCUCCGUAG